AUGCCGUCUGAAGUCGACCCCGCCAACAUCCAGGGCAGUAUCUGGCCUCGUCUUCCCCGAUACUACGAAUCCUUCCUGUUCUUCAAGAUCAAAGACCUCGAAGACGAUGAAUCUUUCACCACGUUCAAAGACCACCUGCGCAAGCUGGUGACUGACCAAAAUGACCCUAAGAAACCUGGCAAGAUCGCCACCGGCGCCCAGUGCAAGGAGUAUUUCAACACACAUGGCGGCUUCGAUGAGGCCCACGAUCGAGUAGACACGCUUCCCGAGGAGCGCCACACGUUCAAUGCCAUCAAUGUCGCCUUCUCUGGCAAGGGCACAACCAAGCUGGUUGGGCCGUACGACGAGGUGAAGCUGCGGGACCUGCUGCAUGAGCGCGGCAUGUACCAGGACAUGGUCUUUGAAGGGCCCGACGAGCCCGAGUCGCUGGCCGACGAGUACAAGCCGCCCAAGGACUGGCCCCAAAACAACGACAAUUGGCGGUGCGACGGCAUGUUCAUCGUCGCUGCCCAGCGCGAGGAGGAGCUGGAGGCCACGAUCAAGGACCUCAAGAGCAACUUCGGCAUUACCGGCAAUGCGCAAGUGGACAAGGACCAGGCCAGCGUGGAGAUCACGCUGACCAAGGAGGGUCACGUCCGCAAUGCCGAUGGCAAGGCGCAGCGGAAGGGCCAGGAGAGCCUCCGGGGCAAGGAGCAUUUUGGCUUCGAAGAUCAGAUUUCCCAGCCUAACAUCCAUGGCCUGGACCUGCCGCCCAAGGAGGGCGAGCCCCCAGCGACUGCUCCGGGCGUGAUUUUCCUCAACCGCACCGGGGACAACACUAAGUCGCCGGAGUGGGCCACGGACGGCAGUUAUCUGGCAUUCCGCGAGAUCGAGGAGAAUGUGCACGAGUUCAACAAGUACGGUUUGCUCUGGUCCCCCCUGUAUGAGAGAGUCGGACUGAUGCGGUCCUACAGGUUCGUGAAGGACGAGUCCAAGCACUUGGAAUCCUUCAACGACGGCACCGGUGAGAAGCUGGCGGCUUAUAUGAUCGGACGAUGGAAGAACGGGACCCCCGUCGCGAUCAACGGCGAGAACUCGGAUUCCCAGAAUCCCUUGGCCAACAAUUUCGAGUACAAGUACCACUAUAACACCCCGAAGGAGCUCAAGUGUCCGAUUGCCGCGCACAUCCGCAAGAUGCGCCCUCGUGCCGACCUCUUCAUCUCGAAGGAUGGCGACAUGCAUGUCUCGGCUGGGGACAACUACUGGAACAACACCAACGUAAUUCUGCGUCGCAGCGUCACCUUUGGCCCGGAAAUCGAGGAGGGCGAAGAGGAUAAGCCGCGUGAACAGCGACCCAAGCGAGGCAUUUACUUCAUGUGCUACCAGGGCGACUUCCGCAAUGGUUUCAAUUUCCUGACGAGUCGCUGGGCCAGCAACGAGGUGUUCUCGGGCAAGCAGGGGCUGGACAUGGUCCCUGGCCAGGACCCCAUCGUCAGCCAGCGCAACCGCGCCGACCACCCGGUGCCCAAGUUCGGCAUCUACGACGGGGACAAAGCCAAGCAGCUGGAGAUGGGCUAUCUGCCGUGGAUCGACCAGCGCGGAGGGGAGUAUUUCUUCACGCCGUCGAUCAAGGCCUUGCAGUCGGUGUUUGUGGACCCGGUGGAGUAG